UUAUUUGACGCAUGCGCAAUCAAUAAAAACAAAUGCAGCAGCUGUAACUGUCUGCAUUCGACAGAAAGUCAGUGUUAAACGUGUAUUCUAAAUGAAACAUGUGGCGACAUUUAUAAUUAAAUAGUGACAAACAUACAUACAAUCGAUAGAAAUAUUUUAACUUUAUUUUAGAUGAGAAAAUAAUUUAUUUAGGAAUCAUAUGAGCAGAUAAUGAAAAUGGAAUUGUUAAAAAUUCUGCUAUUUUUUAUGACAUUUUGCCAUGCCUAUGCCGCAUCUAAUAUUGACAUGGAUAAAGAAAACAUAACAGAGAAUGCUUUUCAAGGCCUUUUGAAUGUGCAAUGUCUGCCGCGGCAAGUUCACCUGUCAUUUGGGGGUUCUUUGACAGAAAUGGUCGUAAUGUGGUCUACAGAGGUGCUGUGUACCCCACAAGUUUACUACGGUGAAGGGGAAUGGAAUCUGUCCAUUAUUGCAACAGGACGGUCACUUCCUAUGGUAUAUAAAGAAUCACUCGGACAGACUGUACAUAAAUCAUCCUAUCUUCACAGGGCUUAUCUUACAAAUUUGAAGCCUGGUACCACAUAUCACUACAUGCCAGUGAGUAAUGAUGUGAGCCGGGGACCAUUCUACUUCAAAACUCCACCACUAGCUCAGUACAUGAAACCAGAGUUCCUUAUUUAUGGUGACUUGGGAGUCCAUUCAGAGAGUCUAGCUAAGCUGGAGUUAGAGGCGAUGAAAGGAAAGUACACGUCUAUACUUCAUGUUGGAGACUUUGGUUACAACUUGGAGGACAUGAUUACAGAGGGCUUGUACAGUGGAGAAAAUGUUGGUGAUGUAUUUAUGGCACAAAUAGAAGAGAUGGCGUCACAUAUUCCGUACAUGGUAUCGCCUGGAAAUCAUGAGAUAGAAGAAGACACCUUUAACCAGUAUAGAUACAGAUUUUCCAUGCCAAAUACAGAAUGGCCGAUUCCACUGAACAAGAUGUGGUAUAGUAUGAAUAUAGGACCUGUACACUUUCUCAGUUAUUCGUCUGAGGUGUUUUUUACAAGCAAUGGACGAUACAUUGAGAGUCAAAAACAGUGGAUUUUGGCGGACCUUGCUGCAGCAAACAGAAAUAGACAAACUACCCCAUGGAUCAUAGCAUUUGGACACAGACCAAUGUAUUGUUCUAAUGAUGAUCUUGAUGAUUGUACGUUACAAGAGUCCCAGGUCAGACUGGGUUUGGAGGAGAUAUUUUACAACAAUGGUGUGGACAUAGUGUUACAAGCUCAUGAACAUUCAUAUGAGAGGUUAUGGCCAGUUUACAAGGGUGUUGUUCUUGCUGAAAAUUAUACAGAUCCUCAAGCCCCCGUACAGCUUAUAACUGGAGCUGCUGGUAGUAAACAUGGUGUCGAUUUGAUGAGUGCUAGAAAUGAGAGUUGGUCUGCAUUUAGAAUGGAUAACAAGUCUUUUAACAGUUAUGGAAGACUCAAAAUAUUCAACGCAACACACUUAUACUGGGAGCAAGUGGCAGUUUUAAACGGUGAAGUACUCGAUUCAGUAUGGAUUACACAAGAACAUCACGGUCCUUUUUCACAUGCAACGCUCCCAGAGGACAAAAAAAAUAAAAUAACUGAACAGAAGCAGAAAGAUACAAUAGUGCAAAAUAACAUGCCUAAACCUGAGACAACCGGAGAUACAUUAACUAAAAAAGUGACCGAGGCAAUUAAAGGUGCUGAUACUAAAGUAAUUGUCGGCGUCUCGUUCGCAGUGUUUGUGGUAAUAUUUCUACUAAUUGUGUGCAUAAUCAGACAAUGUACGAAGAAAAGAACAAAGUCUUAUCGUAGAUGGGAAACUCUUGAUUACGGGAAAAAGUUUUAUUCAAAUCUGAAAAGUGACGAUAAGGAUGCGGAUGAUUUUGAAGUGGAUGUUACGGACGGGACUACUAAACUGAUUGAUAGUUCUAAAGACUGAGACAAACUUGAAAUACUGUAGGAUAGUUAGGGAAAAACCAAUUCCAAGUCAAUGUGAUUACAGAAUCUCUCCAAGUGUAACAGUCAUAAUCACUUCAUGUUACAUGCAUUCCUGACAUUCAAUGUCAUGUUUCAUUUUAUAUUUCAACGUUUUCAGUGUACUUAAGAUUUCAUGUUUGUAUUAGUAUGGUUACGACAUGUCAGACUGACAAUUUGUAUUGUAUGCCAUGUUGUGUUUCUAUGGUUACAGGAUGACAAAUUUUGUCGUAUGUUUUCAAUGUUGACUAUGUGUAUCAUAAUGCCUCAAUGUGGUACUUCAGUUUUUAAAAGAUGUUGAAUAUGCCAUAUAUUUGUAUUCCAAUGAGAAAAAACAUUUAACAAAUGCCAUAUUGCAUUCCAGUGUUUAAAAUAGCAUGUACCAUUACGCCAUAUUGUAUUUCAAGUUGUACAGUUAUUAUAUUUGUCAUGUUAUAUUUCAAUGUAUACAGCAUUUAGUAUUUUCACAUUGUAUUCCAAUGGUGAAAAUAUGACUCACAUUCCCCGUUAUAUCUCAAUGUUUACAGCAUUUACAUAAUGAUUUCAUAUACAGCUGUGUUGUUAGACUGUAAUAUCAUUCCAUGUUAUUGUUUUUGAUUAACAAUUUCAAUCACAUUCCAUGCUGUAUAUCAACUUACAAAUUUGAUAUUAUAUAUCUUAUUUCAUGUUUUAUUUGGAGUCAUAAAUCAAUGACAGCAUUUUCACAUUUUCAUGUUGUAUUUUAUUAUUUUUUUGUGCUUUGAUUGUAUGCCUGUUCUGAAUAUGAUAUCAGUAUCGUAUCACCAUAUUCCAUGUUGUCUUCCCUUGAUUUUUUACAUCCUAUGUGCUGAAAUUCUUUGUUAUUUUUCAAGAAGAAAACCAAAUCCAGUGUUAUCAAUUCUAUUUGAUGUUGUAAUUUUGUAAAUUUUGUUUUGGCGAUUGAUUAACGAUAAUUUUUAUUAUGGUUUCCUUGUGAUUUGUAUUGUUUGCAUUGUUGUGACUAAGAUUUCAUGAUUGACUGUAUAGGACAGGGUAUGUCCAAUAGGAAAAUUAUAAGUGAUUGAACUUUGAUUGAUUGCUAACAAUGGUUUGGAAAACCAAAUUUAAUUUUAUACGCACAAAGGUGUCUAAUAUGAUUUGUUUAUUGUUCUCACAAAUUUUCCACAUGUAUUUACAAAAUCUUGUGAACAUACAUGGCUAUAGUGAAGUUCACUUGUUUAAGAUUAACAAAUGUUUUGAAGGGAACUAUAUUCUCCAACAAGUCUUGUCUAAAUAACCAAACCUGGGUUAGUGACUAUCUCAAUGGAAAACAGAACAAAACAAAAUAAAAGACUUCAAUCCAUUUCACUAAAUAAAAAACAGCUUGUGGCCCUCUUCUACAUUAAAACGUAAAAACAAUCAAAAUUAUACCUUCCCGAUUUCUUUUCCAAUCACAUCAUUUUUUGAAGCAACUUAAUUUGUGGACUGAUUUCUUUGAUACUUGGUAUGUAGACACACCUAAUAUAGACCAUUACAUAUAGGGCUGUUUCAAAUUUGAUGGUGUGAUGGUGAAAGUCUCUGAGACUGAAUUCAAUGGUUGUGUGUUUUUUUUGACAAGUUUUAUGUGUAAUUUUGUUGUUCUACAGCUUUUACAAUAUUAUGCAUUAUACAUGUAUAUUUGUUAAAAUGUGCCAUGUAUGAUUCUUUUUCAUUGCACCAAUACUUGUUAGUCCCCUACCGGUUUACCGGAGGGGACUUUAGGUUUACCCUCCGUCCGUCUGUCCGUCCGUCCGCACUACAAAAAAGGGAUAGGGGGCCAUCUAACUGUAAACAGAACAAAAGAGAACAAUAGAAUUCAUUCCGUAACAAUAGAGUAAGGGGCCAUUGGCCCUCUAUUAAACAAUAGAAAAUAACAAAAGAAAUGGCCCCUUAUUCCAUUUCGGCCGUCCGUCAGUCCGUCCGUCCACAAAACUAGAUCCCGCGAUAACGCAAAAAGUACUGAAAAUAUUUUAAUGAAACUUGAUAUAUUGAUAGAUGGCAGUAUGGAGAUUAUGCACGUCUUUUUCUUUUCUUCCUAUGUUGAAAAUUCUGGUUGCUAUGCCAACAAAUAGACUGAAAAUAUGGCAAAUUUUACACAUAACCUGGAUCCCGCAAUAACACAAAAAGUACUGAAAAUAUUUUAAUGAAACUUAACAUAUGGAUAGAUGGCAGUAUGGAGAUUAUGCACGUCUUUUUCUAUUUUUCCUAUG